AUGGUUGUUGCACCUCUCGUCCGCUCAGGAUGCCUCGCAUCGCGUGCGCUUCGUACGUCUGUUGUUUCUUCACCCUUCUCGUCCGCCUUGGCCGCCUCGUCCUCUAGCACCAGCCAGCUUCGCACCCUGCACACGUGUCCACCCACGCCCGAGCCUCUCUCUGAAGGAUGUGCUCCCUUCCUUUCUUCGAGCACGAUCAAGCAGAUCUCGCAAAACUGGCAAUCCGGUUUGCUCGAAUUGCUCAACCAAGAAGUGCGAGAUACCGAAUUCGCCUCUUCCUCGAUCGUAGAAACCGUGAUUGGUCUCUCGCAAAACCGCGAAAAGCUGCUCGCUUUCAAUUACGCAUCACAGGCGCUCAAUAAUGCCUUCUUCCUCUCGACACUUGCACCGCAGGACCGACUCAGAAACCCAACACCACUUCCCAAACUCGCCACCGCCAUCUCAAAGAGCUUUGGUAGCUUCCCAGAGAUGUGCCUCGCCUUCUCAUCCGCAGCCUACGGCAUGAGCGCUUCCGGCUGGGUUUGGCUCGUCACCGACCAACAGCGAAAUCUCGGCGUGGUCCCCACCUUUGGCGCAGGAACCGUCAUCGUCCAGAACAGAAUCCAACAGGGCAAACACUUUUCCCUCCCCAGCAUCAACGAUCAACCCCCCGCAACAACCGAUGUCCCAAAGACACAUUCACAAGACCGCCCAACCCGUCCAGUAGACUCGCUCUUCCGUGGCCUAGGCAUCACCGACAAGGUCGGCAAGGAGCUCUACCCUCUCUUGAACAUCAGCGUCCACGAACACGCCUGGUUGAACGAUUACGGCAUCAUGGGCAAGGAAGAGUACCUCACCACCUUCUGGAACUGCGUCAACUGGGACAAGGUCGAAGAGAGGUUCGAAUCUUACUGUCCCCAAUCCUCGCGAUACCUCUAA